AUGUCGGGAGGACAGCAGCAUUCCCGGACUGAUACUGGAGGCACCACGCCCAUGCAGCAGCCCCAGACUGAUUGGAGGUCACUUGCGGACGCAGGUGCGAAUGUGCCCAACCCUUUGUACGUCUCUAAAGCAGGCACCACGCCCAUGCAGCAGCCCCAGACGGAUUGGAGGUCACUUGCGGACGCAGGUGCGAAUGUGCCCAACCCUUUGUACGUCACUAGAGCAGACCAGAGGAGCCAUCUUUGUUAA